AUGCCGCGCAGCCGAAGCCGCAGCGGGUCCUUGGACAGCUUAGGCCGCCGUCGUCGUCAUAACCGACGCCGUGACUCACCUCCCUCCUCUAGCUAUCGACGCCGUCGUCCCGUGCCCCCUUCGCGCUCUCGCUCCCGCUCCUCUUCUUCCGACUACAAGCGUCGCCGCCGAAGCAGCUGUAGUCGCAGUAGAAGCAGGAGCCUCAGUGUCGAGCGUCGUCGUCAUCGUCGUGGUCGACGCUCGUACAGUCGCAGUCGCUCGCCAAUGUCUCGCUCUCAAGGACGUGCGACGACGUACCGCUCGCCGACUCGUCGAGGAAGUAUAACUAAUGAGAGGACAACAAAGACAAACCCAGCAAAGGACGAGGCGGACGUGAUGCUGAAACAAGAGACGAAUACCAUGUCGCACUUAAGUGAAGAAGACCAGAUGAAGUUGUUGCUGGGCUUUGGCGACUUUGACUCGACCAAGGGCAAACCAGUGGAAGAAAAUCGGAAAAGUGCAGCAGCUGGUACCGCUCGACGGGAGACGAAGCGAGAGUACCGCCAGUACAUGAACCGUCGCGGCGGUUUUAACCGUCUCCUCGACAAGGUGUGA